UCGCAUUUGAUUGGCGUCAAAACAAAACAAACUUAUUCAUCGAAAAACCCAGUUAACUAUCAACACUACCAGAACCUGACCCUAAACCUACCCGGCCGUCAUAAACUUGAAUUUGAUAAAUUUCAAAAUAUUAGACUUAAAUUAAAUAGUGGAUCAGUUAAUGGUAAACAUACUAAAAAAAGUAAUUUUAUAGGUUUUUUUACACCAACAAAAAAAGAUAUUGAAAUUAAUACUUUUCUCAACUAUGACUUAACUAAACUUGAUAUACAAAAUUCAACACAAAUUAUCAAGUUUUACAAUAAUUAUAAAACAUUGUUCAACAAAACAUAUAAAACCAAAGAGGAAGAGAUAGAAAGGGUCGGUAUAUUCAAGCAAACAAUUGUUGCGAUUAAUAAACACAACGCCAACGACUGUUAUCAUUAUACACAGGGUAUCAAUGAAAUGUCAGAUAUGACAUUGGAAGAAAUUAAAAAACAUAAAUUGGGUUUAAUUAAAGAUAAACCUAAAGAAAAAAUGCUUAAAUCAUCACUUGAAUCAAAUGACAAUACAACUAAUACUAAUAUACCCAUUGAAUGGGAUUGGAGAAAGUAUGGUAUAGUAACACCAGCCAGACAUCAAGAUACCUGUGGUUGUUGUUGGAGUUUUGCAUCGAUUGCUACACUGGAAAGUCAUUUAAUGAAGGUUCAGAUUUCUGAUGGAAAGUUUGAUCCGAAAAAUCAAUUGACAUUAAGUGAACAAAAUCUGAUCGACUGUUCCGCUAGUUUCGGAACCCUUGGUUGUGAUGGAGGCAGUACUCGAAUGGCCUUUGAAUACGUACAGAAAAUUAAAGGACUCAAUAAUGUUAAAGAUUAUCCAUAUAUUAAUAAACCGGUCGAUUGUAAAUAUAAUAAAGAAAAGCGAAUCGAUUUAGACAUUAAGGAUAUCAUACGUAUUGAUUCGGGCGAUGACGAGGAACUGGCGACUGUUAUCUAUAAACACGGACCGGUAUCUGUGGGCAUACACGCGACACCAAUGUUUUAUAAAUAUAAAAACGGUAUUUUCAAUGAUGUUGAAUGUAAUGCCAGUGAUAUUAAUCAUGCAGUGGUUGCAGUUGGUUAUGAUCCAGACUAUUUCAUAAUAAAAAACAGUUGGGGCACACAUUGGGGUGAAGAUGGCUAUAUAAGAGUGUCCAGAUCUAAGACUAACAAUUGUGGUGUUUCUGAACAAUGCUAUUAUCCAUUGCUGGCCAAUGAUAUCACAACUGAUAAAAUCAAAGACAAACUAAUUAAAAAAAUCUAA